GCCUCGCAUGCUAUGACCGAUCCAGUUCUUGCCGGUCCUCCAGGCGAUUGUUGUUUGAAUUGUUUCCCCCAUGAAGGUACACCCCAAGGCAAAUGGGUUCGAAUUACAGAUAUCGAAACAUACAUCUCGAAGCCAGUGCGCGAAAGGGAUACAAAUCAAGUCAUCAUGUAUUUUCCUGACGUCUGGGGAAUCGAUAUAUUCGUGAAUGGGCAGCUUUUGGUCGACUACUUCGCUAGUCAGGGAUUUACCGUUCUCGCUUUGGACUACUUCAGAGGGGACUCCAUACAAAGGCACCGUAACAAUCGUCAUGACCGCACCACCAAUCCGCAGUUCGACUAUGAAGCAUGGAAGCAAAAACAUAUGGCCUUUGCUGAAAGCAAUGUACCGAAAUGGAUCGACGCGGUAGUUGAACACUUCGGUGGUCCUGACACGAAAUAUGCAGCUGUCGGCUAUUGCUUCGGGGCCCCGUAUGUUAUGGAUGGCCUUACAGAGGGCUCACUAUUCUGCGCCGGAGCUUUUGCACAUCCUGCGUUUCUCAGUGAAAGCCAUUUCUUUGCAUGCGCCAAACCUCUCCUGUUAUCUUGUUCCGAGGUAGACCAUACCUUUCCUGCUGAGUCGCGACAUAGGGCAGAGGCUAUUCUUAAGGAGAAGCAAACACCUUACCAUCUUCAGCUGUUUUCAAGAGUAGAGCAUGGAUUUGCUCUCCGUGGAGACAUUUCUGAUCCAUACCAAAGAUGGGUCAAGGAGGAGAGUGCUGAUGCCAUUGUCCGGUGGUUCCACUUCUGGAUGAAAUAA